GCAACUUUCUGAACGAUCACGCAACUUUCUGAACGAACGAUCACGCAACUGUCAUUAUCAACUGUCAAAAACGUUUGGAACUUUUGUGGAAAGUAGAAUCAAGAGCUCAUAAACACACUGAGACGAAUUUUGUUUCUAAUGGUAAGGUAACUUGAACUCUUGAGGAAAUAUAACCUAAAACAUACUUUGUAGAAGAUAAUCAUUAAAAUGCAGAAAGUAAAAAGGAAAAGUGAUGAUAAUGGUUUAACCGAAGCUAAGAAAAAGAAGGUCGAAUUUGCUAAACCUGAAAAAGACGCAGAAAGAACAGCAGUAACUAAAAAGUUUGAAGGGAAGAAGCCUGGAAAAGAUUUCCAAAAAGGGGAAACUACAGGCGUCAAUGGCACUGGCAAAAAGUUUGAAGGAAAAUCUAGGAAAAACUUCAAUAAAGAUGGGUCUAAAGGCGUAAAAAAGUUCAACAAACCUGGAAAUUUUAAAGGGAAGCCAAAUUUUUCUAAAGACAACAAAUUUACUAAAGGAGAAAAUGGUACAGAAGAAAAGCCAAAAUGGUCUGAAAUGAAAAAAGAAAAAAAGCAAUUGAGAAUUGUACGGCGCAAAGCAAAAGCUACUGCUGAAGUGUUUGAGAUAUCUCACAAGGCUAAACUACUAUCUGCACAAAUUCAAAGAAAAGUAGUAAAACCAGAAUUUAAAUUGGCCUCUUGCAAAGAGUUGCACAAGUUACUCAAGGGCCAAUAUAAAUCAAUUGCUCUGACACAUGAUCUCAGCAGAGUUAUACAAGUACUCUUAAAACAUGGCCCAGAGGAUGUCAAAAAUGAAAUAUCUGAGGAAUUACUGGAUAUUAUGGUCCAAAUGGUUCAGUCAAAAUAUGCCCAACAUGCUGUGAAGCGCAUCUUGAAAUAUGGGACAGAUUUUAUUCGACAUGAGGUUAUAAAAAAGUUCUAUGGCCACAUUGUGUCUCUGGCUGCCCAUACCAUCAGUGCCCCAGUGCUGGAUUUUGCUUAUGGGGAGUUUGCAACAAAGAAGGAAAAGAUACACAUGCAGCAAGAGUUCUAUGGUGAAAUUUAUAAAAAUACCAAAGAUGACAAAGUAAAAACAUUGAGUGACGCAUAUAAAGGCAGCCCUGAGAUGAAAGCAGCCAUAUUGCAAUCCUGCAAAGCUAAUGUCCAAAGGAUUUUGGAUAAGAACCUACAUGAUGGAGAGCUUCUGCACUCAGUGCUCUAUGACUACAUACGGGAGUGCAGUCCUGAAGACCGUGUGGAGUUAGUCUCUACCCUCAGCCCGCUGAUUGUACCACUCAGCAACUCAUUACCAGGAGUCAACACUGCUUGCAUGUGUGUCUGGCUUGGCACCAACAAAGACAAGAAGACUAUUCUCAAAGUGGUAAAGGAGCAUGCAGUGCCACUGAGUAAGCACAAAACUGGCUACAGACUGUUGAUCACAAUAUUUGAUUCUGUUGAUGAUACUGUUCUAGUCAAGAAGGCUAUUGUGUCCACCUUGGCUAAUAACUUGCAGGAUAUUGCUAAAGACCACUGGGGAAAUAUGACAUUGCACUGGCUGGUAAAACCCAAGGAUCCAACUAUCUUUCACCCCAGCUUCAUCAAAUUCCUUGAGGAAGGCGCAAAAAGCGGGACGUCAAAGAAAGAUGCAGAUAUCCGUAUUGCUGAACUGAGAGAAGCAAUAUUACCAGUAUUGACCAAGGAUAUGCAGGAGAAUCCACAGUUCUGGCUAAGCUCGAAAAUCCUUAUGUUGUUGGCAGUUGCAGUGUUAUCCAUAGAAUCUUCUCAAGACAUUCUACAAGCUCUAGCUAAAGAGAUCUGCCAAGCUGUUUGGCAGGUUUCAGUCAAUGGCAAAGAUAUUCUGGCAGUGGAAGAUGCUGGCAUACACAUGUGCCUGAAAAAACUUGCCGCUUUAGAUAAGGAUAAAAGUGAUUGUACACUAGGUGAAGCUAUCUGUGGACAUUUGAAUGAGGAAACAAUUAAAAAAUGGUUACCUACCAAUAGAGGAUGUUUUUUCCUACUCAAGCUAAUUGAAAGCAACAAUGAAGAUGUAUCUAAAAAGAUAACUAAGAAAAUCAAACCACACGCUGGGUUCCUCAAACAGCAGACUUCAGAGGGAGCAAAACUCUUGUUACAAAAAGUCCAGAAAUAAUAAAUUGUUUAUAAUAAUUAA